AUGCAUGGAUGUAGCUCAGGAUCUGCUCUCCUAGUAAAUGCAGAGGUUGAUUCCAUGGGUGGAGUGGUUGACGGCGGAAUUGGUAUUGGUUUGAAAACCUCUCCGCGCCGAGCAGCAAUCGAGAAGGCUCAAGCAGAACUUAGACAGGAGUAUGAUGUGCGGGAGGAAAGAAGAAGGGAGCUAGAGUUUCUCGAGAAAGGUGGCAAUCCUUUGGACUUCAAACUUGGAAAUGGAGCUUCUGUUAGUGUCCAGUCUACUUCACUCACUGAUCAGCAUCCAGAACAGUUUGUGACCAGUGAAGCAAAAGGUAGUUUUGCAUUGACUGCAUCACCGCGUGGGGACUCUGUUGAAAGUAGUGGUCGACCAGAGGUUCCUACACUUUGUGAACCCAAUAGUGCUGAUAAUCUCUUACUAUUUGAUGGUGACAAUGAUGUGCCUGAUGGGGAAAGGAAUUCUAUGCAUCUUAGUAGAAGGAACAACAUUGGUCCAUCGGAACAGUCGUCCCAGAUGGAUGGGACUCAAAAUGCCAAGGAAUCUGAAGACUCUGCUAUAUUCCGUCCUUAUGCUCGAAGGAACAGGUCCAGACCAAAUCGUGAUGGUACUCGAUCAAAUUCAAUGGAUAUACAGGGUCGUGGUGGUCAGGGAUCUUCUUUACCUGCUCGUGGGGUGUCAAAGGAUCCUAAGAGGCUGAUAUCUGAAACAAACAACCAAAAGGACCAACCUCCUGUCGCUAGCCUAAAGUCUGCGAGUUCAAAUGGUGAUAUCGCUCCCAAGAUUGUAACUUGUGAUAAUCAGUUCGAUAUGGAAUUGGAGGGGGUGCAGGCCCUUGAAAUAGUUACUGGUCCAACGAAAGAUAGUUCUGAAAGCAAAUUGGAUGUUACAACUCCUAAAAGUUUGAGAGAGAGCGAACACAGUCAACCAUGUCAGGUUGAUUCUCAGGAAGCGCCCAUUGACGUUUGUGGGAGACCAGAUGUUGUUGAAGAAAGGGAACCACUAGUAUCAUCUGUUCUUGAAGGUCCUUGUGCAGCUACAACAAAGACUGAAAAUGAAAUCAGUUCUGCGCAGGUGAAUGGGUUUAGCAAUUCAAAUAGAGAGAGUAAAAUUGUACCAAAUGAAGUUCACGUUAGCAGUGCAGCCUUAGGCACAAAGGGUUUAGAUUCAGAGUCUUCUUGCACCCAAACUAGUGUAGGAUUAGAUGUAAAUAAUGAUAGUGACAUAUGUACUACUACAAGGAACGCUGAUAAUGGAAAUAUUAUCGAAUCAUCAGAUGUUGAUGGGGCACAAAAUCUGGCUGGUGGUGAAAUGGUACAAGAAGGUAAUGAAACCAAAGCUGUUGACAGUGGUUGUAUUGUUAAUGAUCACCAGGCUUCUAUUUGUCAAAACCACUCUGGCAAUGGUGAAGUCAAAGUUGAGGAGGAUAUGAGUGAAAGAACUGAUAAGAAAGUGGAUGAUGUGUUGGAUAAUAGUUCUAAAAUCAACAAAGAGAACUCUUGCACUGGCAUAUCUCAGGGUCCUCAGGACUUAUCUAUGUGUGAGGUCCCUGAGACUGCUUUGUCAGGGAGAGAUACAGCUGCAGGUUCUGACUGUCAAACUCCAGGAGUUCACUUGAAAGUGAUAGACAAGGCACAUGAAGAUUCUAUACUGGAAGAGGCUCGGAUUAUAGAGGCUAAGCGUAAGAGGAUUGCUGAAUUAGCUGAGCGUCUUUGGAAGCUAACUGCUGCUUCUCAAAUAUGUCAUCGUGUUGCUUCUACUUCUGGGUUGAGAAUGGAAAAGCAGCAUCAACAUUGGGUGCUAAAGAAAGUGGCUCAUGACUUGGCGAGGGCUGUCAAGCAAUUUUGGCAUUCAGCUGAGACCCUUUUGAAUGGUGACGAUUCAAGUUCUUGUAAAAAAAACUGCAACUCCGAUUUGGUUGGAUCAAUGAGUAUUGAUAGCAACGAAGCUUCUAAAGCCAAGGAUGGAGAAUCUAAUAUGGUGGAAAUGGGUCCUCCAAAUUUUGAAAAUGUUGAAAAUGUUGUUCAUGACUCUAAUCUGUAUGUCACUGAUAUUGAGCCAAACAAAGAUUUGGAGCCGCAAUAUUCCCGAAAAGAUCUUGCACUAUCUAUGCAGGGAUACGCAGUGAGAUUUUUGAAGUAUAACAACUCUCGGGUUCCUCUUCUUCAAGCACAUGCACCUGCUACUCCUGAGAGAAUGUCUGAUUUAGGGAUUACAGAAAUGUCAUGGGAGGAUCACCUUACAGAGGAAAAUCUCUUCUAUGCAGUUCCCUCUGGCGCGAUGGAAACCUACAGAAAAUCAAUUGAAUCUCAUUUGGUUCAGUUUGAGAGAAGUGGCAGUAGCAUGCAAGAGGAGGUUGAUACAUCUAUGUAUGAUGCUGGAGCAGAGUUUAGUUUUCAAGAGGCUGCAUAUGAUGAGGAUGAAGGAGAAACGAGCACCUAUUAUUUGCCUGGAGCAUUUGUAGGUAGCAACUCCUCAAAAUCUAACCAGAAGAAGCGACAGAAGUUGAAGAUAUAUGCUUCUAGGUCGUAUGAAGCAGGUGCUGAUUUGCCUUUUGCGCAAUGCACAUCUGCAACUCAACAGCCCAUGUCGAUGGGGAAAAGGCCUGCUAGUCUCAACGUUGGUUCAAUUCCAACAAAACGCACGCGCACUGCUUCCAGGCAGAGGGUCGUUGGUCCAUUUGGUGGUGGAGCUACUGGGAGUAAUGCUCAGGCUCAGAUGAAGACAGAUGCUUCAAGUGGAGAUACUAAUUCUUUUCAGGAUGAUCAGAGUACUUUGCAUGGCGGAUCUCAAUUCCAGAAAAGUGUGGAGGUUGAGUCUGCUGGGGACUUUGAGAAACAGUUGCCGUAUGACUAUGCAGAAACAUCAAUGAAACCUAAAAAGAAGAAGAAGGCAAAACAUCUGGGUUCUACAUAUGAUCAAGGAUGGCAGCUGGAUUCUGCUAUUCUUAAUGAACAGAGGGAUCAUUCGAAAAAGAGAUUGGAGAGUCAUCAUUUUGAAUCGAACGGAACGAUCGGUUUAUAUGGGCAACAUAUUGCCAAGAAGCCGAAGAUAUUAAAACAAUCUUUGGAUAAUACUUAUGACAGUAUUACUCCAAUGGCUGGGUCCAUUCCUUCACCAGUAGCAUCCCAAAUGAGUAAUAUGUCCAAUACCAGUAAAUUUAUUAAGUUGAUUGGUGGUCGAGACAGGGGACGGAAAACUAAAUCGCUAAAGAUGUCUGUUGGGCAGGCAGGUUCUGCAGGUCCAUGGUCCCUGUUUGAAGAUCAGGCACUUGUUGUUCUUGUACAUGAUAUGGGCCCAAAUUGGGAAUUUAUAAGUGAUGCCAUCAACAGUACUCUGCAGUUAAAGUUUAUUUUUCGCCAGCCUAAAGAAUGCAAGGAGCGUCACAAAAUAUUAAUGGAUAUGAAUGCUGGUGAUGGGGCUGAUAGUGCUGAAGAUUCAGGAUCUUCUCAGCCUUAUCCAUCUACAAUACCGGGCAUUCCCAAGGCAAGAGGCAGUGCCAGACAAUUAUUUGAACGCUUGAAAACCCCAAUGGAAGAGGAGACUCUGAAAUCUCAUUUUGAGAAAAUAAUUAAGAUUGGUCAGAAGCAUCACUAUCGGAGGAGUCAGAACGAUAACCAGGAUCCGAAACAAAUAACAACAGUCCACAAUUCUCAUGUUAUUGCCCUCUCCCAAGUCUGUCCAAAUAACCUGAAUGGAGGUCUUCUAACCCCCCUUGAUCUAUGUGAUGCCCCUUCAUCAAGCUCAGAUGUUCUUGGGUAUCAAGGUUCUCAUGCUAGUGGUCUAGCAAUGUCAAAUCAGAGCGCUAUAGGGUCAUUACUUCCUUCUGGGGCAAAUGCCUCACUACAGGGAUCUUCUGGUGUGGUUCUUGGCAGCAACUUGUCCUCACCGUCUGGCCCACCUAGUGCCAAUGUCAGGGAGGGUAGAUACAGUGGUCCAAGAGCAUCAUCUUUACCAGUUGAUGAGCAGCAAAGAGUGCAACACUACAAUCAAAUGUUGUCUGGUAGAAACAUUCAGCAGUCCAGCUUGUCUGUACCUGGAGCUCUUGCGGGAACUGAUCGUGGAGUUCGUAUGGUACCUGGUGCAAAUGGUAUGGGCAUGAUGUGUGGGAUGAAUAGAGGCAUGCCGAUGUCAAGGCCAGGGUUUCAGGGAAUGGCUUCCUCAUCUAUGCUGAAUUCUGGGAGUAUGCUUUCAUCCAGUAUGGUGGGGAUACCAAGCCCUGUAAAUAUGCACUCUGGAGCUGGUUCUGGUCAGGGAAACUUGAUGUUAAGACCUCGCGAUGCUUUGCACAUGAUGCGGCCUGGGCAUAAUCCGGAGCAUCAAAGACAACUUAUGGUUCCAGAGCUUCAGAUGCAGGUUACACAAGGGAAUGGCCAAGGUAUUGCUCCAUUCAAUGGGUUGAGUUCUGGUUUUCCUAAUCAGACAACUCCACCAUCUGUUCAAACAUAUCCAGGUCAUGCCCAGCAGCAACUUCAGGUAUCCCAACAACAGUCUCAUGCACUCAGUAGUCCUCAUCACUCUCAUCUUCAAGGCCCCAAUCAUGGUACGGGGCAGCAGCAGCAAGCCUAUGCCAUCCGUAUUGCGAAAGAGAGGCAGCUGCAGCAACAACGGUAUUUGCAACAACAGCAGCAGCAGCAGUUUGCUGCAUCUAAUUCCUUGGCGCCACAUGUCCAGACACAGCCCCAACUUCCCAUUUCAUCAACUUUGCAAAAUAAUUCCCAAAUUCAGUCGCAAACUUCACCUCACCCAGUAUCUCUGUCCCCUAUGACACCAUCUUCCCCGAUGACUCCCAUAUCAUCCCAGCACCAGCAGAAACAUCACCUGCCGCUGCAUGGGCUUAGCCGGAAUCCUGGUGCAGUUGGGAUGACCAAUCAGAUGGGGAAGCAACGACAAAGACAACCCCAGCAGCACCAUCUUCAACAAUCUGGUAGGCACCACCCUCAACAGCGGCAACUUGCCCAGUCUCAGCAGCAGGCUAAACUUUCAAAGGGAAUGGGAAGAGGGAAUUCAAUGUUGCAUCAGAACCUCUCCAUUGAUCCUGCGAACCUCUCCAUUGAUCCUUCUCAUCUGAAUGGGCUUCCAAUGCCUCCAGGAAGCCAAGCUCUUGAGAAAGGAGAACAGAUCAUGCAGUUGAUGCAAGGUCAAGGUGCAUAUUCCGGGUCUGGCUUGAAUCCAGUAACAUCGAAGCCUUUGGUCCCCCAAUCACCAAACCAUUCUCAGUUGCCGCAAAAGUUACUUUCUAGCCCACCUCCUUCAUCAAAGCAACUCCAGCAAAUGCCUUCUCAUUCUGAUAACAGCACUCAAGGCCAGGUUCCACCAGUUCCCUCUGGUAAUACAAUAUCAGCUUCACAUCAAGCUGUCUCCCCAUCAAUUAAGGGUUCCAACCAGCAGCAGCUGCAGUCGCAGCAACAGGCACAACAACAGAAGCAAGCUAAUCAGACUCAGCCUUAUGUUCAGAGAGUGCUCCAGCAGAAUCGUCAAGUAAAUUUAGAGAUUCCAAACAAGUCUCAAAAUGAUCUAGCUCAGGUUGAUGAGCAACCUGUCAAUGGCACUUCACAGGUGGGUGUGAGCAUGGCAAUUCCUCAGUCCAGUAUUGAUUCAUCUAAUGUAGUACCAGUUCCUUCUGCCAUUACUCCUCUGUGGAAAUCAUCAGAACCAGUGUAUGAUUCUAACAUGUCAAAUUCAACCACUCAAGUGGGUCCGAUUGGGAGCCCACAACUAACAAAUUCAUCUGGGAAUGAGCCUGUGCCACCUAUCAGUCAAGGGUUAGGCCCUAGACAGUUAUCUGGUAGCUUGCCCUCUCACGGGCAUAAUGUUGGAGCACAGUGGCAGCAACAGCAGCAGCAGCUACUGCAACAGUCUCCUUCGCUGCCAUCCCCAUCGCAACAGCAUCAUCAGCAACAAGAACAGCAGCAGCAGGAACAACAGUCACCCCAACAUCAAUUGCCUCUGCAACAGCAGUCUCAACAGCAAAUGCAGCAUCUGCAAGCAGGGCAAGGAAGUUUGUAUAUGAUGACUGAUGAAGCUGAUUAUUCCAUAAGGGCAUCAACAGGAAGAGCUGGUCAUGGUAUUUGCAGGUUUUGUUAA